CAAUAGCUUACAUUCCUCCAAUUUGUUUGGCUGAUACGCCUUAUAGAAAUGGCGUCUCUCCGUUGUGCAGUUUUGGCGCUCGCGGUGUGCCUUUCGGCAAGCUGUCUUGCACAGGAGUAUAAAACACUGUAUAAGAGCUUUAAGGAAAUUCCAGACGUCUCAAAAGCGGACGAUGGACAGCGAUUUCUUAUGGUGGGCGAAGGCGCCGAGGCGACACGGUACCUCGUUGUCAAGGACUCAGAAACUAAGAACGUGUACUUCAUCAACGAGAAUACCAAGGAGCCUCAAUGGCAUGACCCUCGAAUUGCAGUCCCAUCAGAGGAGCCACAGACGAUGGAUAUCAAGAUUCCUAUCGACCCACCCAAGCCGAAGGGCAGUAGCCUGACCGUGGCUGUCGUGGCCAUGCUUCCCAUCCUCCUGUUUGCCGGGGGUACUGCUGCUCGCGUCGCGUACCUUCAGAUGUACUACCCAGAGCUGCUGUGGCCCACGAAGGAGAGGAAGGACCGCCGCAAGGCCGCUGGCGGCAAGGUGAAGCCGCAGAAGCAGCGUGGAAAGAUGAACCAGGACGGCAAGGGCGGUCGCUCAGCCAACUCUUAAAAGUCGGUCGGCCCAGCGUCGCUUAGCGUGACUUAACGCGGGCAGGGCGUGUGAUGGAGUGGAUGGACUGGCGCUUCCCUCCGCGCCCCAGCCCGCCUUCAAAUGGGCCUCCGUGAUUUUGUUUAUGUUACCUUACUUCGUGAGCAUAACCUUCCAAGACUAGCCGCGCACUUGACUGCGACAAGG